UGUGAAGAUGGCGGAGCUGCAGAUGCUGCUGGAGGAGGAGAUCCCGGGAGGGCGCCGGGCCCUCUUCGACAGCUACACCAACCUCGAGCGGGUGGCCGAGUACUGCGAGACCAACUACAUCCAGUCACCAGAUAAACAACGGGCUCUAGAAGAAACCAAAGCAUACACAACUCAAUCCUUAGCUAGUGUAGCUUAUCUGAUCAACACUUUGGCAAAUAAUGUUCUGCAAAUGCUGGAUAUCCAGGCAUCCCAGCUUAGGCGAAUGGAAUCGUCAAUCAACCACAUUUCCCAAACAGUUGAUAUACACAAAGAAAAAGUGGCUAGAAGGGAAAUUGGCAUCUUGACUACAAACAAAAACACUUCAAGAACUCACAAAAUCAUUGCACCAGCCAACUUGGAACGACCUGUUCGUUAUAUCAGGAAACCUAUUGAUUAUACAAUUCUUGAUGAUAUUGGACAUGGGGUAAAGUGGUUGCUUAGAUUUAAGGUUAGCACGCAGAAUAUGAAAAUGGGUGGUCUGCCUCGUACCACACCACCCACCCAGAAACCACCCAGUCCACCAAUGUCAGGGAAAGGAACUAUUGGGCGUCACUCUCCCUAUCGCACACUGGAGCCAGUGCGUCCUCCAGUGGUACCAAAUGACUAUGUACCUAGCCCUACCCGUAAUAUCGCUCCCUCGCAGCAGAGCCCUGUUAGAACAGCUUCUGUGAAUCAGAGGAAUCGCACUUACAGCAGCAGCGGAAGCAGCGGAGGGAGCCAUCCCAGCAGUAGGAGCAGCAGUCGAGAGAACAGUGGGAGUGGAAGUGUCGGUGUCCCUAUUGCUGUCCCUACUCCAUCCCCUCCCAGUGUGUAUCCAG